CGGCAAUUUGUGUUACUCAUUUCGUAAUUAUAAAAUUCCGAUUAUCAAAAAAAAAAUUUUAUGAAACUAUUACAAUGGGUAGAAAGAAAAAAACUUUUUAUAAGCCUUCAAUUCAAGUUGAAACUGGAAACGAUAAAUAUGACAACCAAGCUGGCAGAAUAAAAGCCAUAAAUUCAUGGGAUGAUAUUGAGCAUGAUUCCGAAGAUGAAUAUUAUGAGGAAAGAGGAAAAAUUUUAUUAGACAAUAAUUAUAGUCAAAAGCAAGACGAAACCGAAUCAUCUGAAGAAGAAGUAUUUGCUUUGCAGACUGGCGGUACUUUAUCCGAAGAAGAUGAGAGCCAAGGAGAGAAUCAAGAAGAUGAUUUAAUGUCUUCGGAUGCUGAUAAUGAUUUUGAUGAAUUUGAUUCACAAACCUGGGGUAAUCACAAAAAGACAUAUUAUGAUGCUGAUGAGUUAUCAGAUUUCGACGAAGCAAAAGAAGAGGAGGAGGAAGCAUUGAGAUUACAAAAGAAAAAGAUUAGUAAAAUGUCCGAAGAAGAUUUCUUUGAUGAUGAUAAUUUGCUUGGAGUUGGAUCUAUUUCAGCGAUGGAUAUGGAUAAAGAACAUGAGAAAAAACUUAUGGAAAGACUUAAUCAAGAGGUGCAAAAAGUAUCUUUCGAAAAAGAUGAUAGUGAAACACAACCGAAAAACCAAGAUCAUUAUUCUAAUCUUUCCCGAACCGAGAUUGUAGAAAUAUUACAGGAUGGUUCACCUGAACUAAUUGAAUUAUUAAGUGAAUUUAAAGAACAACUCUCAACACUUAAGGACACAUUAGCGCCUAUAUUGGAGAAAGCCAAGAAGAGAAACAUUAAAUAUGAUCCGGCAAUGAAAUUUUUGUCUAUAAAAUAUCAUACAUUGUUGAAUUAUCUGACCAACAUUUCUUUCUAUUUUUUCCUAAAAUCGUCCGGAACUCGCCACUUACGAAUGCAUCCAGUGAUUGACACGCUUGUAGACCUUAGAACAACCUUGGACAAAUUAGAGACAUUAGAAAGUAAAAUGAAAGAUAUAAUUAAACAAUUUGUUGAUAGAUUAGAGACAGACGAGCAUACUGAUAAGAGUGAGAAAGUAGAGAAAGAAAUAGGAGUUGGAGAAAUAAUCAAUGAGCUGCCAUCACAGAUACAAACUAAUUCGAAAUUUGAGAAAGUUAAAAUUAAAAAAAAGGAAAAAAAUGAAUCGAUAAAAUCCAAGCGUAAGAAAAAAUUAGACGAAGAAAAUAGUGAGAAAUCAAAAAAGACGAAACUUCAAAAUGGGUAUAUUAGAAGUGAUGAGAGGGAUAUUAAUUUAUCAAAUAUGGCAGAUACAUUUAUUGAACCGGAAUUUGUGAGCUUCAAGAACGUGAAGAAGAAUAAGCGAAUACGGGAGGAUCUGGAUAUGGGAGAUUUAGAUGCAUUAGAUGAUGUGGACGCCGAAGAUAAGGCUCAAAAUAGAAAAUCAUUGCGACAUCAUGUUGCAAAGAUUGAUCAGAAUUUAGCUAAGCGUGAAAAGGCAAUACGUCUUGGUGGUGAUACUGAUAUACCUUAUAAGGAUAAGGAUAAGAGUGUAAUCAAAUCAGUGAACAGUCAGAAUGACGGUGAUGACUUGGAUAAUUUGGAUUGGAAUGAAGACGAUAAUAAGAUAGCAAAAGAUAUUGAAACUGGAGGUGAUGAUGAACUCUAUUUAUCCGUACGAAAGACUAAAAAAGCUAAAAAGGAAAAGGAAUUUGAACAUGAACAGUUGAUAAAAAAUAGUAAAAAUGAUGAAACCGUCUAUGAAGAAGAGAUGCUUCCAGAUGGUUCUAAACGGCAGAUCAAUUAUGAGAUUCUUAAGAAUAAAGGUCUUACUCCACAUCGAAAGAAAGAGCAACGCAAUCCGCGUGUUAAGCAUCGUAAUAAAUAUGAGAAGGCCAAGAAAAAGAUCAAAAGUAUUAAAAGAAUUGUGGUUCGACAAGAGGGACCUUAUGGUGGUGAGAUAACCGGUAUCAAAACUAAAUUAUCAAGAAGUAUUAAAUUCAAUGACUAAGUUAAUAUACUGUAUUAUUUAAUAAAGUUUCUUCUGUAUUUAAUUGUAAAUUUUUGAAUAAUAUAAAUAGUUUUAUAAAUAUGAUUCUCAUUUUUCGUUACAUUUUGAUAAAUAAUAAAUUACAAUUCGGAUUCCUUAUUAAUUUGUUAAUUUU